GUGCUUCAAGGCUGAUAUCAACAUUAUAGACAUUUAUAAGAAAAUAUCUCAUUUUUCUUCAAUUUAAGGGCACCAAAAAACAUUAUUCUCACUAGCAGACAUUAGUUUGACGUCUGCAAAGCCAACUACAGCACAGGCAAUGUCCAAAGAAAUUCCUAAAGAAGUGAAGACGUUUGUUCGAGCUACUCUGAUAUCAGCCUCCAGUGGAAUCAAACAAACUAAUUUCCCAAAUGACUAUGAGAAAUACGCUGGGACGAAGCUCGAGUGGAGAAAAAUGGGAUUUAAGGGCCUGUAUGAGUUCCUACUGGCCAUUCCUGAUGUGGCUCGACUCACGUAUUCCGAAAAAGAUCAAGAGAAUCUUGUAUUUGGCGUGACGAAUAAGGAGGUUUAUGCUUCGAGUCAUGCUCAAAAGGCAGCCAUGAAGGGAACGACGGGUCCUAAACACAAGCCUCCUUCUGAGUGGGGAAAACCAAUGAAUACGAACUCGAACCAGAAAGGAGGGAAAGAUGCUAACAAAAGAAAGAUUGAUGUUGCUAAAGAUUUGUCGACGUUGAAGGUUACAGUUGGUAAUAAGCUUUUACAGCUCAAAGAUGAAGGGCUUUGUCCAAAUUUGCAAGGGUUGUAUGGAAUUCACAUCAGCAAUCUUCCUAAGCCAUGUACUAAGGAAGAACUUGAACACGUUUUUCAGGGAUACCCUUCACUCAAAGAAUGUAAACUUGUUUCAACUUCACUUCAGAGGAAUGCAUGUGCCUUUGUCAAGUUCACCAGUGCUCAAGAUGCCUUAAUGGCAUUACAACAAAAGAAUGGAUAUCAGCUCAAAGGUUCCAAGCUAAAACUGAACAAAGCAAAGGAGGGUAAAACUGAAGAAAAACAAAAGGAUAACCAGUCAAAAUCAGAAAACAAACCGACGGUCAGCCCAGGUACCCUGAAUGGAAAACAAUCUCAAAACGUGCAGUCAGGAACUGAUAAAGAUCAUUCCAGGACUGGAUCUAGUUUGAGUUCAAACAGCAACUCCACAACAAGUCUUGAGCGAUUGCCUUCUUCUUCAUCUACCAAUACUUUAAAACAGAAUGGAACUUCCAUCAAGCAGGAUAGCUCACACAGUUUAGGUGGCUACGAUAGCAGGGAAAGUCAAGGCCAACAAUCGAACACUAAGCAGCAGUCACAAAAACAACAACAGCUGCAGCAGCAGCAAAAUCAACAACAACAACAGCAACAAGAACAACUAAAGCAACAGCAUCAACAUCUACAAAACACUGGUCAUUUUCCUUCACACAGAAGUUCAACAACCCCUGCUUCAACAUCAGUGACAAGCUAUCCUCCAGUUCCUAUUGAUAAAAGUGUUCAUUUGAUUUUGAGCAAAGAAGAGAUGGAUCGAAUGAACAGAGCUUGUGGGCAUCAAAUUGAUUAUAGACUAGACAAGUUACCUCUUGAAUUUGAUGUUCUGGUUACAGAAGUGAUAGAUACUUGUCAUUUCUGGGCUGUCAUUGAUUUCAAGACUGGAAACUGGAGCAGGCUUGAAGAUAUAGAGAAAAAAAUACAACCCUUAAAUACUAGACCAGAUGUGCCUCAAAGAUAUACCGUUGGAGCAGGGAGAUUUACAGAGAAUAAUGCUUGGUAUAGGUGUUUUGUGCUUGAUGUAUCCUAUGAUGGAAAACAUAUCAAGGUACUGUACACUGACUAUGGGAACGCUGAAUGGAUACCUGUGGAGCGCUUUACUACCCUGGACCAGCAACUGUGGUCUCUACCUCCACAAGCCAACCCCUUUCAUCUUGCAGGACUGGAACUAUCAAAUCAAGAUGUCAAGAAUGUUGAGGAAGGAGCAGCACACUUAAAACGAUUGAUUUGCAACAAGACGUUUAUUGCAAGAAAAAAACCCACGGUCAACCAACAACAGCCUCAUAUUGUAGAAGUUGAACUUUUUGAUAGACUUCAGCAGGGUCAGUCUGUCAAUAGUUUAAUGACAGCCACAAAAUUUGUCAAGCCAGUGGUGAAUCCAGUCUCCAUUUCCAACGUACUGGUAAAGAAAACUCCGAAUUCUUCAGAAGUUAAGAAGGAAAAACAUAUUGAAGAUAGAAUAAAGAUUUCAAUAACUUGGGUUUAUAGCCCUCAAGAUUUCCAUUUUCAACUGGUUUCAACAGAAACUAAGGAAAUUUUAAAGAAGAUUGGAAGGACUUUAAAUCAAAUCCCAUUGACAGCAAUGAUCUUUCCAAAAGUUGGUCUUUUGGCUUGUUAUGUGACUAUGGAUCAUAGACGAAAUCGUGUUAAGAUCCUAGAGAUUCUGAAGUCUAAUGAUGUGUUCCAUACUGUUACUAUGGCGAAAGUUUUAUAUCUUGAUUCCGGGAUGGUAUGCGACGUGCCUGUCACACGUCUCUUAAAAUUGCCUCCUGAAUUGUUAUCCAUUCCAAUGCAAGCAACACGAGCAUGUCUCGCGGACGUCGGGCUACCAGAUGGUCAUAGUUCGUGGCCUAUCUGCGCUCUGCAAGUUCUUCUAACUCGUAAAGCCCAGAUUACUGAUGCUAAGAUUGUAAGUCAACUGCAAGAUGGAAGGGUUGUCAUUGAACUUUAUGACGAAAAGGGAGAAAACAUGAGUGAAAAGAUUAUGAAUCUUAUGAAGCCAUAUGGAGAAACACAAACCACUUCUUUGUCGGAAAACAAGAGGACAGCAUCGAAAGAAAAUUUAAAAACCGGUCGAGGAAAUUCUAGUAAAAAGACGAGCGGGCAGGACCAGGCCUCCUCACCAAAAGAAACAACAGCUGUCGCUCAUCCACAAAAGACACCAAUAGCAGCAAACUUUGCUGGGAACCAAUCGAAUUCUUCUGUACAAGCAACUGGAAAUCAAGUCCUACACAACAGCCAAUCAGAAAAGGCGUACCAUCCCAGUUCAUCAGAAAACCCUCAUAAGCCAGUUACAAGUGAUAAAUCACGUGUUGUAACCCAAGGUCAAAAUCAUUCUCAUUCGAAUUCAGCGACGAAUACGACAAAUACUUAUAACUAUUAUAUGCCCCCACCGCCGCGCAAUCAAAAAGUGCUUCCCUCUGUGCAUACUCCACAUACGGGACACGUCUACCAAGGAUUGCCUUUGGGUAGGUCAGCGGUCGAUGAUAGAAGCGCGCGAGACUUUUCAUCCAAUGAGCGCCUUCCUAGUCAUCCAAGACAAAAUGAACUUACAUCGUCAAUUCAGAAUAAUACGAGCACGGCGAGUUACAGAAACGAAGAAAGUGGAGCGUUAACGAGAGAUCAAGACUCUGUUGUUUCCAAACAUCAAGAUGUUAGUCCUGUUCAUCGAGAAAACGAUCCUACUAAUCUUACUGAAAAGGAAAGGAAUGAAAAAAUAACAAAUGAAAAAGAGUUUCCCGUUGCAACAAAACAGGGUAAUAAAGAAAAGACUGGACAGGAAUGGAUAAAAGAAAAAGAAUUGCUUCUGGCAAGAAAGCAAAGGCRGGAGGAUUACCUUGAAAUACUUAGUAAACGCCCAACAGUCAAACCUGUUCAAAACAACUUGCAAGAACUAAAACUAAGACUCGAGAAACAAGUGAGAAUCAAGGAACUCGAAAACAGAGCUCUAAAGCUGAGGAAGGAGAUAGAAACCCUGGAAGCUGCCAAAGCUGAACUGCAAUACCAGCUGAUGAACAGUUGAUGCCGUCACCACUCUUGGAGAGUUUUCUUUGGUUUAGAUGGAAGUAUCAGUGAAGGCAAAAAAUAUAAUUCUUCCCUAGUUAAUAUCCCAGGGAAAACUUUGCUUCUUGCUGUCAUUAUCAAUAUGUCACACAGAAUUAUGAUUCAUAAUACUGGGUGACAAGAUUUUAGCUGUCRUGCAGCAAUAUGCAUGAUGGAGUUGUUAGCAGUAACCCUCUCCUCAAUAUUGCACCGUUUGGAGAGGAGGGGAGGAGUGGUGCAAUAUUUUUUUUGGGGGGGG